UUGUAUGUGAUGUACUAUAUAUUUUACAAAAAGCUCAAAAUUGUGCAAAAAUCUUUUUUUUUUUUUUUUAAAUCAUCAAAAACUUCAUUUUUGUUAUGUGUUACCUAAAUAUCUAGGGGGGGAAUUAUUUAGGUGACUAUUUUAACUCAUUGGCUACUAUUGACAGUGAUAUUCUAUAUGAAUGUGUGGAAAAUCCCAACACAGGAAUAAUCAACAUUAGACGAAAGACAAAAGUCCCAAAUGCUUACCAAGAGCAAUCAUGUAUCCUUCGAAGUUGACAUUGCUGACAAUGUCCCACGUCCCAGUGUAGUUGACCGCCAUCUCAGAUGUUUUUGUGGCUUUUGGGUGCUGGAACAUGUUUUAUUGUGUGUUAAUAUGGGCCAGAGGUGAUGUGGACUGGAGGGUGGGACGGGACCUUUUACACAUAAUUUGAGGCAACACAACUCUUCCUGUUGUGGUGAUUGUCCUUGCGGAAAAGUGGUCUGUACGGUAUGUUGCAAUGAAUAGUGAAGGGUCACCCGAGUCCAACCUGAAGUCCACAUCUUUAAAAUCAAAUCCGCCAAGCUGAACUCUAGGGACAGUUUUUGAGUUUUAUGUGCUUCACAAUUCAUCGGGUUGAAUUUUUGGAGUUGAGUUUUCAAGAGUUUUUUGUUUAUGGCUAGAUAUCAACAUUCAUACAUCAGUGGUACUUGAGCUAAGUUGAAAUGGCAGACUUCCUGUCUUUUCAGACAUGGCUUGUUGAAAUUUUUUUGUGAGUCGCCUCAUGAUAGAUCUCAGCCAAACCACAUUGCCAAGUGAAACCAGCUUCCAUGCCGGAAGGAUUGUAUUGCUUAGUGAAACACAAUCCACCCACCGUUCACAUUAGUGGUGACUGCUGUUUAAACGUGCGUCAGAUGCAAUGUUUCUCUACUCACUGAUCCUGCUAGCUUACCACUCCAGCAGAUGGAUACCCAGGAAUAGGAGGCUCAAGUUCCAAAUUGUCAACGCUGUGUUCACCGCCCUUGUUUUGGUCCCUCAGCUGUACGUCAUGACCAGGCCAAAGUCAGCAAGAUAUUGCAAGCAACCUUUACUGAACAAUCUGGCCGCCUCCAUUGCGCUGUCAAUUAUCGCCACAGGUUUUUCGGUAGUCUUCACACUUUUAGAGCCAGUGCCUCAGGGUCUGUGGGCGGCCUGUCAUUUUUUCGGACUGGUGUCCUUUGGACAAGGGAUGUGCGGCGCCAUUUUGACACUCACUGCGGCUUCAUGUGCCACAACUACACCUGAAUUGUAUCACAUGUCUCUUUUUCUCAUGGUGGCAUCCAUUUUGAGCACAGUUGUGCUGGCGGUCAAAGGCGGACUGUGGCUGACAGAAAGGCAGCAACAAUGAGCAAUAAAACCAGUACAGCUGCUCACAUGGACAUCGGAUAGCACUCAUAUUAACAAUUCAUGCAGUUUCCAUCCCGCCGGCGAGCCGGUAACUCAAAACCAUGGGAAUGAAAGAAGAGAAAGUGAGUUAAUCCAGCUCACGUUUUAAUGCGUCACAUCAUACAAAGCAGGUGUUUCCUUGACGUCCGUUUCCCAAUUGUAGCUGGUGGGAGGAAAGCGUAAAAAAUGUAACAUUUGAUCCAAAUAUAAUUACAGGUGACAUACUGUAGACCAGCUUCUGUUACAAAAAAAUAUCACCAUGAAGCAGAGAUGUACCUCUCAAAUAUGAUAGGAAUUGAUAAUUGAAGGUUUGAAAUUUCAGUGUGGAAACACAGUAUACCAGCAAAUGAUUCACCGGAAGGCUCAGUAACACAUUCUUUUGACUUACUGCAGAAAUGAACCUCAACAUAAAGUUCACAUCAACACAAAAAAGCACAUAAAGUUAAAAAAAUAUAUCUUUUUUUACCCACGUGUUAAGAAACAUUAUCACUUUACUUGGAAUUGUUACUCUCUUUGAAAAACUAGACAUGUACCUGAGAUCUGAUAUUAUUGGUGGAUGGAAAAAAACAUUAAAUAAAAGCACCAGAUUUUAAAAUUGCAUAGUUUGAUUGACUCCAGAAAAGUGCAGGAUUGUCAUUUCACAACACUUGCUCCAGAACAGUAACGCAAAGACGAAUAUUUGCAUCUCCAUUUUCGGCCGAGGGGAAGAGAAUCUAAUAAAUCUGGAUUUCAUCUGUGUGGCUCACAUGACAAUAAUGUUCUUAAGUCUAACAAGUGCAAUAUCAGGCAUGACAACAGAAAGAUAAAAUAAUGCACGGAAUCGGAUGCAGGCCUCCUUGUAUGUAGCCGAUUAUCUAUGUAUUAUUUUUUACUUUAAUGUUGCACUUCCAAGUGUUAGUGGUUGUGGAUGUACUUAUUUGGACAUCAGUGAAGUGGACCGUUCCAUGUGGUUAUUUGACAUGUAAAUAAGAUGUCAAGAAGGGGGUUAUAGGCAUUCAAUUGGAAUUGGAUACUAGUACCAGCAAUGUAGCGUAAAUUCAGUUAGAAAGCGUAUGAAGGUCAAAGUGGUUGAAUUGUAGAGUUAAGACUUGGUAUUGAUGUGUUGGGUUUGGUGUGAUCCCUAACCCAAAAGUGCGUCAUAGUCAAUGUACCAGGUAAGCGUGCGAUUGGUGGGUUUCACCCCUGUGACGGGCCAUUUAUUUGCAUCAUCCUUGACACGGCUCAGCUGGGUAAUAAGCUCGUGUUUGCUCUUGCCCAUCACCAGCAGUGACACCUGGUGGGCUCGGUUGAUGGCUCCAAGCGUGAGACUCAUGCGCCGGUGCGGCUUGACGGGGCUCUCUGUGAGGACCACCAGCUG